UCCGCCGCCGCCAUGGGCAAGAAGUCCCGCUCGGCGCCGUGCCGCCGGCCCAUCCUCCAGCUCUCCCCUCCGGGCCCUCGCCGGGACGAGCCCGCGGCUCCCGCGGCCCCCGAGGGACCGGACUCCGGUUCCGAACCGGACGAACCCGAAGCCCUCACCGCACACCCAGCGCCCCCCGCCGUCAAGCCCACAGGAUCCCUCGCUCUGCCUUCCCCAGGCGGUCUGUGCCUGCUCGGUGCCUAUGCAGACAGUGACGAUGAGGAGGGUGAGACCCCAGAGAAGCCUUCCCGUUCCGUGGAUGCCAAUGGCAGCAAUUCCUCGGAUAUCGACAGCACCUUGGCCAACUUCCUGGCGGAGAUCGAUGCCAUCACGGCUCCCCCGCAGCCCGCAGAGCCCGCUGCAGUCUCAGCCUCCUCCUCCUCUUCCUCUGUGCUUCCCCCCACACCUCCCCGCCCGGAGCCCAAGGACCCAGGCUCAGGGCAGCCCUCGGGCACAGCCAAUGGUGCUGAUCCUGGGCCUGUGCAGGAGUGGCAGUAUGACACCCAGUGCUCCCUGGCUGGAGUGGGGGAGCUGGAGAUGGGUGACUGGCAGGAGGUGUGGGAUGAGAACACAGGCUGCUACUACUACUGGAACACCCAGAGCAACGAGGUGACCUGGGAGCUGCCCCAGUACCUGGCCACGCAGGUCCAGGGCCUGCAGCACUACCAACACAGCACCGUGGCAGGUGCCAACGGUGGCUUCGUAGCAGCGGCUGAGGUGUACCCCCAGGAGAAGGGGGUCGGCCGGGGGCCCCCCAUCACCAAGCGGGAGGUGAAGAAGGAGGUGAAUGAGGGUGUUCAGGCCCUCUCCAACAGCGAGGAGGAGAAGAAAGGGGUGGCCGCAGCCCUCCUGGCACCGCUCGUGCCCGAUGUGGUGAAGGAGGAAGAGGAGCGGUGGAGGAGGAAGGUGAUCUGCAAAGAGGAAGUGGAGCCCCCUCCAGAAGAGGAGGCGAAAGCAGAAGAGGCUCCGGCCGCUCCGGAAGAGCCGGAGCCCAGCAGGGAUCCCCUCCUGGAAGACCCGCUCCAGGAGGAGCUGUGCAGCGUGGUGCAGUCAGGGGAGAGCGCUGAGGAGGAGGAGGAGGAGGAACAGGACACCCUCGAGCUGGAGAUGGUGCUGGAGAGGAAGAAGGCGGAGCUGCGUGCCCUGGAGGAGGGCGAUGGCAGCGUGUCCGGCUCUAGCCCGUUGUCCGACGGGAGCCAGUCGGCCCCGCAGGAUCCGGCCCGCAGGUUGGCUUCCAAACGGGGCAAGUGGAAACUCUUUGUGGGAGCUGCCAGCCCCGAGUCUGCCAGUCGAGGCUCCAGCAAAACAGGCCGGGAAAGCCCGGAACAGGGAGAAGCAGCAGCCAGCAUGGAAACAACCGAUGCCAUUCCAGACAAAGAACCAGAGGCUGAGGAGCCCCAAGAGAAAGCCAAAAGCCAGGGGCCACCCAAAGUGGAAGAGGAGGAGCAGGACCUCAAGUUUCAGAUCGGAGAGCUGGCAAACACCCUGACUAACAAACUGGAGUUCCUGGGCAUCCACAGGCAGUCUAUCUCCAACUUCCACAUGCUGCUGUUGCAGACAGAGACCCGCAUUGCAGACUGGCGCGAAGGUGCUCUCAAUGGAAACUACCUCAAACGCAAACUCCAAGACGCAGGCGAACAGCUCAAACAAUACGAAAUAAACGCCACCCCUAAAGGCUGGUCCUGCCACUGGGACAGGGAGCAUAGACGCUAUUUCUAUGUUAACGAGCGCUCAGGAGAGUCCCAGUGGGAGUUCCCCGACGGGGAGGACGAAGAGGAAGGCCAGCGGACAGCCGACGGGAAGGCCAGCGCCAGUCCUCCUAAACCACCCCCAAAGGACAAGGGAGAGCACGCCGAGGAUGCUGCCGAGCGCCCCGCAGGCUCCCUUUGUAAAGAACCCUUCUCAGGCCAAGUUCCUGCUCCGUCUCUCAUGCCGCUCACCCCAUUUUGGACUCUGCUUCAGUCUUCCGUCCCGGUCCUCCAGCCUCCUUUGCCUUUGGAAAUGCCUCCCCCGCCUCCGCCGCCACCGGAUUCGCCUCCGCCGCCCCCUCCGCCGCCGCCACCGCCGGGAGAAGAUGGAGAGAUCCAGGAAGUGGAGAUGGAAGAUGAGGGGGGCGAGGAGCCGCCUGCCCCGGGCACAGAGGAAGACGCUCCCCUGAAGCCUCUCCCGCGCCCGGCUGCCACCGGCAGCACCCAGGCUGCCGCCGAAGCCAGCCCAGUGCCGCUGCUCUCGGUGAAGCCGCCGAAGAGGAAAGCCGUGGAGAUGGCCCCAGCGCUGCUGCAGCGCACGGCCACCAUCGGCAGCUGCCCCGUGCUCUACAGCCAGCCCCUGCUGCCCACCGCCAAGUACCAGCCCUCACCGGUGCCCUUGGCCUCGCUCCGGCCCCGCCAGCGCCUGCAGGGCGAGCUCCAGGCUCGCCCCAACCUCCGCAUGGGGCCGGGCCCCCAGCCCACCCCAAUGGGGCUGCAGCCGGGCUACAUGAGCGUCACCGCGCCCGCCGCACCGGCCCUCAUGAGCUACUCGGAGUGCGCCACCUCCGUCAGCCUGGCCGCGGCUGCCGUGCAGCCAGCACCGGUGCGAGGGGCCCUGCCCGCUGCCAACACCAGCACCGGCACCACGGAGCAGCCACCGCCACCGCCGCCCCCACAGACACCCCCCCCUCCCGUCCCCAAGGCCCCACCGCCGCCGCCGGACAAGGAGAAGCCGAGGAAGGGGCGGAAGGAGAAGGGCAAGAAGGGCAAGACAAAGAUGCCGUCGCUGGUGAAGAAGUGGCAGAGCAUCCAGCGGGAGCUGGACGAGGAGGACAAUUCCAGCUCCAGCGAGGAGGACCGGGAGACCACGGCCCAGCGGCGCAUCGAGGAGUGGAAGCAGCAGCAGCUCAUGAGCGGCAUGGCAGAGAGAAACGCCAACUUCGAGGCGCUGCCCGAGGACUGGCGAGCGCGGCUCAAGCGGAGGAAAACGGCGUCGAGCACGUGAGGGCCCCGGAGCCGUUGGCAUUCCCGACCCUUUUCCUUCCU